UGUGGUAGUGGAAAGAGCCGAAGGGAGAGGGCCGCGACAUAUAGCAGAACGACCGCUUAGAGCACGUUUCUCCCGGUGGCGCGCAGUCGGAGACUGAAAGGGCUCGUGUGUACAUCGUCAGAUUCGGGUAUAGUCUUGAUGAAUCCGUUGGAGAGAAACGUUCGCUGCUGAGAUAUACACGAUCAGAGAUCGAAGAUAAUUUUUUCCCGGUCGCACCUGUUUAAUUGAGGCACAAGUUGAUAGCCUACUGGAUUCAUCAUGCCGAAGUAUCCAGGCGACAAACGUCGUUAUUACGACGAUAUGGGUGACCGAGGACGAGCCAUGAGCCGCGGGCACCGCGGCACUAGGAGAAAUCGUGAUGACCAGGAGCAGCCAAGUACCUCGCAAGAGAGGUCGCGCUCAAGUUCUCAGCAUGGAGAACCUUACCCUCGCCGACCCGGACCUCCGACUCAAAAACUACCCGAAGGCUAUCCGAGUUCAGCACGUGGGGAGACCAUUAGAGCAGUUGAGCACAGACCUCAGCCAACGUAUUCAGAAACUGCUUCAGACACUGCUUCAGUUGCAGGAUCAGUUGACGGUGGAUCAGCAGCCCCAUCUUCAUCGUUGGGAAGAGGAGCCAUGCGUGGCAGGCGAGUUUUACCUGCCAAUAUUAUCACUAGACCAACCACGCUUGAAACCAAGCAAGGAAUAACUGGACGGCCGAUAGAAUUAAUAGCAAAUUACUUCAAACUCUUAAGUACAACUGACUGGUGCUUGCACAAGUACAGAGUUGACUUCUCUCCAGAGGAAGACAGAAAAGUCGUAUGCAAAGGUCUCCUUAGACCCCAUAGAGAAACUCUUGGUGCUUACAUUUUUGAUGGCUCGACUUUGUACACCAGCACAAGAUUACCAGAAACCCUAGAAUUAACAUCUGAACGAUUAGGAGACAAGCAAUGUAUGCUCAUUAAAAUAAAACACACUGGAGAAAUGACCAGAGGGGAUCAUGACUAUAUCCAAUUCUUCAACAUAAUAAUGAGAAAAUGUCUUGACUAUCUUGAGCUUCAACUAGUUGGCCGUAACUAUUUUGAUGCAAAAAAUAAGGUUGAAGUAAGAGAUUUUAAGCUUGAACUUUGGCCAGGAUAUAUCACUUCUAUUCGCCAACAUGAAGAAGACAUUUUAAUGUGUGCUGAAAUAACACACAAAGUUAUGCGCAACGAAACGUUACUCGAUGUGUUAAUCCAAUGCCAUGAAGAAAACAGACAAGAUUACAAAAACUUCUUCAAGAAGCAAGUCAUUGGAGUUGUAGUGCUUACAGACUACAAUAACAACACUUACAGAAUCGAUGAUGUUGACUUUGAAGUAACACCAUCGUCUACUUUUAGAAAGAAGACUGGCGAAGAAAUAUCAUAUGUUCAAUACUACAGAAGUAGAUACAAUCUGAAUAUAAGAGAAAUGCGUCAGCCAUUGUUGGUAUCUAAAUCAAAACCAAGAGAUCGUCGGGCAGGAAAAGAAGAAUUGGUAUAUCUAGUACCUGAACUUUGCCGAAGCACAGGUUUAACUGACCUAAUGCGAAAUAAUUUCAGACUAAUGAGCGCAUUGGCCCAGUAUACUCGUGUCUCGCCUGGCGAUAGGAUUAAAAAGUUGAUGAGUUUUAACAUGCGUUUACAUAAUGUACCCAAUGUAGUUUCUGAGUUAAGCAGCUGGAACCUGCAACUUGACAGGAGAUUAGUUACUCUAACAGGAAGAGUUUUGCCAGCAGAUAAUAUUGUUUAUUAUCAAAACGACCAGGUUCCAGUGAACAAUAAAGCAAACUGGACAAACGAUUUCCGCAACAAAAAGUUGCUCAAAUGUGGAGUUUUAGACAACUGGGUAGUUAUAGUACCGGACAGAUUAAAACGUGACUGUCAGAACUUUGUAGGACAAAUGAUAAGGGUUGCUUCAACAAUGGGUUUCCGAAUAGAGCAACCUUAUGUUAGGGAAAUUCGCAAUGACCAGGCCGCUAGCUAUGCAGAUAUAUUAGAAAACAUUAAAAGCACAAGUAACCCAAUGCUAAUAUUCUGUGUAGCAACAAACAACAGAAUGGAUAGAUAUGCAGCGAUUAAGAAAAAGUGCUGUGUAGAUCGUCCAGUACCAACUCAAGUUGUUCUUGCAAAAUCUUUGCAAAAUAAAAAUGCCAUGUCAAUUGCUACUAAAAUUGUUAUUCAAAUGAAUUGCAAGAUAGGAGGAAUCCCGUGGAGCAUUCCAAUUCCUCUAAAAGGCUUGAUGGUUGUUGGUUUUGAUGUGUGCCAUGACACGAAUUCCAAAGAUAAAGAUUUUGGAGCUAUGGUCGCAUCCCUCGAUCCUCACUUUGGGCGAUAUUUUAGUGCAGUUAGCAGUCACACUAGUGGUGAAGAAUUAUCCAAUGAUCUUUCUGUUAAUUUGUGCAAAGCCUUAGCUCAAUUCAAGCAUUACAACAAUGCUCUUCCUAAACGUAUCGUGAUUUACCGCGAUGGUGUUGGAGAAGGACAAGUACCAAUGGUUUUUUCCCAUGAAGUACAACAAAUAAAAAAUAAGCUUGAAACAGUUUACGACAAUGCCGAUGAUGUCAAACUAGCUUACGUGAUUGUAACCAAAAAAAUUAACUCACGAUUGUUUGCUGGAAAUCAAAAUCCACCACCAGGUACUGUCAUAGAUGACGUGAUUACCGAUCCUACAAGGUACGACUUUAUGAUAAUAUCACAACAUGUCACCCAAGGAACGGUUACUCCGACUGCAUAUAAUAUCAUUUACGAUACUUGCGGUAUGGACGCUGAUAAGUUGCAGCGUUUAACUUAUAAGUUGUGCCACAUGUAUUUCAAUUGGAGUGGUACUGUGCGAGUACCUGCACCUUGCCAAUAUGCUCAUAAAUUGGCCUUUUUGGUGGCACAAGCUGUACACCAAUCGCCUGAUGUUAUGCUUGAAACACUUCUGUACUUUUUGUAAAUAGGCAAUUUUUUUUUUCCAAUAGGUAAUUUUAUCUAUUUUAUUUAAGAUACAUUUAUUAGUCUUCUAGGAUUUUUGAGUUCUAUUAAUCUUAUCAUGCAUAGUAUAGAAAAUUGAUGAUUAAGUGAGGUAGCUAACUUACAUUUCCUAUUGUUCUUUACCUUCAAAAAAUUAGUCAUCUAAAGUUAUUGAGAAAACGUAUUUUUUCUAACUAAUAACAGUAAAAUAAAUUUGUAAAGUUGAGUUAAAGUUAUUUUGAUACUGAUACAAAAUUAUAGCUAUUACAAAUUUAUUUUAUUUAUAUUUUUUUCCUUCUCGGUUAGCAACAUUUGACACGAAUGUUACUAAUUAAAUUUAAGUUAUUUUAUUUACCAAGUACAAACUGAAAAUAUAAAUAAAUUGAAAACAUGUGGUAACAAUUCCGUUAAUUGAUAAGUUUGAUCUUGACGAACUCGUACCAAACAAUUUUUUACGUUAAAUAAUUAGACUUAAAAAUUAUUCUUAAUCAUAAAAAAAAUGAGUAAUCACCAAAUUUUUAAGUUUAAUCUACCGUAAUGUGAUAUAUGUAGAUUGGGCAUGUGAUACAACUUUUUAUUGAAAAAUCAUUAAAAAUUUAACUUUUUCAACUGUUAA